CCCUUCAGAUCCCAAAACCGGUUGCGUGACAGGCUCGGGCGAGGUUUUAACCGCACCACACCCUUUUCACACUGCCUUUGCACAAAAACGCACAAGAAGAACACCCUUUAUAACCGGACUGACGCAGCGCGUACCCACUUGUUUGUCCCUCGUUUCUCUCUCUCUCUAACCCGCUCCACACACUCCGAUCGUCGGUCAUGUUUCGCUGUGGGAUCGCCUACCCCCGAUGCAGGUGGAUCGUGCCCCUGCUGCUGCUCUUCGCCAUUAUUUUUGACAUUAUCGCCAUCGCCGCCGACUCGGGAUGGGUCGAGGACGAAGGCGCCGAGUCCCACUACGCCAGUAUGUGGAACCAGUACCGAGGCAGGAAUAACAACUGGGAUACCAAGUCGCUCAUGGAGUACAGCUGGGCCCAGGCAGUGGCUGCUCUGAUGAUCAUCGGCCUCAUCAUCCUCAUCAUCGCCUUCCUCAUCUCCUGUGUCUCUCUGUGCUGUACGCUCAACUUGGCUCUCCUGCCGGUCAUAGGAGUACUGUUGAUCGUAGUUGUGAUUCUUCAGAUCAUUGCUCUGAUCAUCUACCCCGUCGAAUUCAACAAGCUGAUCUUCGAGGGCAACUAUUACUACACCUGGGCCUACGGCUUCGGCUGGGGCGCCACUAUCCUCAGCAUCGGCUGUGCCAUCCUCUUCUGCUGCCUGCCCCGCUAUGAGGAUGAGCUGACAGGCCUGGCCAAGACCAAAUACAUCUAUACCUCUGCUUAAAGACAAAACCUGCACCCCCACCCAAUUACAGCCAUUUCCACUUUUCACUCUGAACGGGAUCUGUGCUGGCCAUUGAACAUUUUUACACUGUACCAUUUCACCAAACAUCCACGAUGGCUCAGUUUAGUUAAAUUUGGCUCGGCAGCGGAAGAAAAAAAAAAACCCUCCUUCACCAUCCAAGAGUGAACUUACAAGCAAGGGAUGAUUCUUACUGGAAGUGGACUGUGAUUGGAUGUUGCUUCUGUUAAUGUACAGACUUCUAUUUUAGAUUAAGCCAGCAUCAUAAAAAUGUUGUUGUUUUUUCACAUUCUGCAUCUGAUUGAAAAAUCUUCCCCAUUGGUACUUUUUACCUGUAUUUCUCAAUGCAAGAUCACCCAAGUGCACUUACCCUAAAGGAUAUAAUUAUGUGUAAAACAUAGCUUUAGUCUGAUUUAUUUGAGAUCUCUUAAAACCUUGGUAGAAGAGCAGUUCAUACUAAAGCUUUUGCACAGGAUGCAAAAACAAUCAUUAAUCAUCAUUAAAUUUUGUCCCAUGUGUUACAAUUAUUAGUUUUACUCUGUCUUGUUUUCUGUAUGUUGCUGUGCACAAGGUAAGAAGGAGGAUUGAACUCAGAAGCUGAAUGUAAUCUAUAUAUGGAAAUGUACGUGUAGUGUAACAGUCCUGUUUGCACCUUUUUUAAUGCAUUUUUGUCAUCAUUUUCAUCUGCUGUUUAAUUAUUACCAAAGGGAUAUAACUGUGGGAGUUUGCUGUGCUGUCUUAGUAUUUGUUCUGAACAUGACUAAUAAUACACUUAUUGUGAGUAGACAGAGGUGUGGUAGUUCAUGCUUCAGCAGUUGUUGCUUCUCCGUCACCUUUAAAAUGGAAGCACAUUACAUGAAUUUAUGUUGAGCUUGAUGAUUAAUCUGUCUCAUGUAAAUGUAGAAAACCUAGUCCUCCUCUUGAGUACUUCUUCAGUUUUUUACUUUUUAAUAAUAUUCCCUCCUAUAGAACAGUUAUUUUACAAUCUGUGCCUGAAAUGGCAAAAUUAUACAUUUUUAAAACAGUCCAAACUCAUGUGAGCCUCAUGUCUUGUUGCCUCAAAGUAGGUAUAUGUAGAGCGAAGAUUACACCAAUUUCCGUUUAAUUUCUCACAGGCAGAUGACCAAACACGUGGUUUUUUUAAAAAGACACUGUGACCAAGGUGGACAAUCUUCGGGCAUACUGUGUGUAAAACGUGUGCCUUAGCUUCUUUAGUGUUUUACUAUUAAAUCCUUGAACGGCGUAUUAAUCUGGUCAGUCUGGUUUUACUGACUCGCGCUUAAUGCCAGUCAUCAAACACAUGGUUGUUUAUGCCAGGACCAAAUUCAUGCCCAAACAAGUUAUUUAGUUCAAUCACAUGAACAAGUUCAGAGGAAAGACUGUUGAAUUGUGAUUGGUCUUAGAUUAGUAGCCAGGUCUUUCAAAUUGUUAGAAGUUUUAACUGAGAAUGAGAAAAGAUUCAGGCGGUUUUACACUUGUUGAAACUUGUCUCAGAGGUGAGGUGUAAAACAUACUCUUAUGGGCAUGAAUCUGUGUUUUCAACGCCUGCUUUUUCAGUCAUUUGUAAUCACUUUACGAGUAAACUGUACUAUAGAGAAUGUCUUCAUCCACUUCUGGAAAUCACCCAGCUGUUCUUCUGCUCUAGUAUGAAUUGGUGUAUUUUUAUGCAAUAAAGAGUUUCUUUUUUGAAGCGGUUA